CAGGGAGGCGUGUGAGCAAUUGCCCAGAGUCACCAGGAGUCAGAUUAAGGCUGAUAGGACCCACUGCCUGUCAACCACCGACAGAUGCUGAUUGCAGCUGCACCGUACCUGGCAACGCUGUAUGUGGCGGCUCAGAGAGAGAGAGAGAGAGAGUAGCAAGGAGCUGUAGAAUUGGCUCGGAUGAUAUUUGCUUAGCAGUGGAAGGAUGUGGGAGGCAUGAAUGUCUCUAAAGAACAAGCAGUAGAGGAGAAUAUGCUCGGCAGUUUCGAUCUGCCCUUGGCCGCAGGGGCACAGUCGCUUUGCAAAUGGGGCCCUUCUAUAACGGCCUUCUAGCACCGUUGAAGGGAGGCCAUGACAGCGAGCCAAAGUGAAUGCCCUUCUGUGCUUUGGGAUCUCCAGUUAGGUGAGGGAGCGUCUGGACACCUUGAAGAAAAAGACUUCCUUGGACCCCAUUUGCAUUGGGUUCCUUGGACGUACUGGAGCAGGGAAGAGUUCUCUGCUCAAUGCCAUGAUAGGCAAGAAGCUGCUCCUGCCAGUGUCUGGGGAGGAAUCAUGCACUUCUUGCAUCGUGCAGGUGAAGGGAAGUUGGAAUGACUAUUUCGAAGCUAGGAUUCACCUUCUCUCAGAACAAGAAUGGAAGGAUGAACUGAAGAAAAUUGUGGAGGUUUCGGGAGAAACUGAGGAUGACUCUGACGAUGAUGGCUCUGAUGAGAUCGUGAAUGAUGGUAGGGCUAAGCUCUGUGCACUUUAUGGGGCUGGAGCUGAAAACAAAAGUUACGAAGAAUUGCUGCAGACAAAACUGCAAGUGACUAUUCCUGUCGGACGAGUAAUUAAAAUCAAGAAAAAGAAGGCAAAGGAGUUCUCCAGAGUCCUGGAGCCAUAUAUUUGUGUCCGGAAUGAAGGCUCCAAUGUACCCUGGCCACUGAUUAAGUAUGUGGAAGUGACUAUUCCAGGAUCAGACAUUCUUCCAGAGGGCAUCAUGUAUGUGGACAUUCCUGGGACAGGAGACUCUAACCGCACAAGGGAUGAAAUGUGGAAACAGAGCGUUGAUAUGUGUUCAGUCCUCUGGAUUAUUAGCGACAUUGAGCGUAGCACAGGAGAAAAGGAACAACCACAGUUGCUGAAUGCAGGCAUCAAGGCUUAUGUGGGGGGAAUAUGCAUGGAUAUCAUCAUGGUGGUCACCAAGUCGGAUAAGCUGGACCUGGAGGAAUACAAGAGGCGACAAAGAAAUACAAGUGCUUCUAUUAAGAAUCUUCAUGAUGCCAUCAUCAAGAGAAAUAAAGAUGUGAAGAAGAACAUGGAGGACAGCAUUAGAAAGAAGCUGAAGAAAAGGCUACCAUCUGAUUCGGAACUUCUCAAGAAGUCUGAUCUGGUUUAUACGGUCAGCACUAGAGAUUUCUGGGAGGCAAAACAUCUCAGCCCCAAAGAAACAGAGAUACCAAAGCUGAGGGAAUACAUCAAGAGGAUCUAUCUGAGAGAAAAGAAGAAUCUGCUGAUGGGCUACAUCAAAGAAGCUCGGGGCCUUCUCCUGCUUUUUAAGAGCUUUGGUUCCAAACAACAUAUUUCGAAGCAGCAUUUUCAGGAGAGUGGCGUGGAAGAGUUCAUGAACAAAGAGACUGAUGCUUUGGAGAAGAGCCUUGACAAAUGCUUCAGUCAGAUAAAACAGCCCCUUUGUGAUGGCGUGCAGCGUGCCAGAACCUGCUACAAGGACAUUGUCGAAGGGAUGCUCACAAAAGGCACCAGUAAUAGAGGUUUCCACAGGACACUGAAAGCUGUGUGUGAGAGGAAUGGUGUUUAUGUCUCUAAGGCAUUUGCACGCAUUGAUUUCAAUGACAAUCUUGCAAGACCUAUUUAUGAUAAAAUUGAUGGCACAUUUGGAGGCAUAUUCAGAAAUGUGGAAAAUUCAACCCAGGCAACCCUCACUACUGUCUCGGAGGCGAGGCCAGGCUGUGGGAACCUGCAGCAGAGAGGGACAGAUGAAGGAGGUCUGUGGGACCUGCUGAAGAACUUUAAAGAUGUAGGGCAGAAGAAGAUAGAGCAAAUUGGAAAAGCCAACAAGCUACCAAAUGGCCGCUCCGAGAUAGAAACCUUCAAUUGUGAAAUAGAUGUCAUCCUAACAAAACUAAGACAAGAAAUCCUCCGGAGAAAGAUGGACAUCUACCAGUCUCCUCCGGUAUUCAUCCAAGAUGUUCUAAGGCUCCAUUAUCAAGAGGCCUCAAGAGUUAGGGGACUUGGAACCUGUGAGAAGAUGAAAGGAAUCUUCAGGAAGAAUAUUAAGAAAGAGGUGAACAACAGCAUGUUUGAGAAGGCCAAAUUAAAGAUGAUGAGUUCUUUGAGUCAACUGAAGGAAGACAUCGUGGAGUGCUUGAAAAAAGAAAUAUCCAUUGUGCUCAAACUGAUCUGGUUGCCGCAGGAGCAGCUGGCUGUGAGGUUGCCAGAUAUUACAGAGGAGUGUCAAGAAAUUGAGCGUCUCUAUAGAGAAUUGAAUACUGAGGAACAAGGAAGGGAUGGCAAAGACGAGGCUCCUUAAAGUGUCAGCCUCAGGAUGAUUCAGUCAGUCUGGCCCAUCAAUUGACUCCUGCAACUUGUGAAAUGGACAUUUCCUCAUGAUGUCUUCCUCUCCUCUCUCUGUCCCUCCCCUUUUCUUUUAAGAAUUGCACCUUAUAUUUUGGUCGAAAUAUUGGCACAAUUAGAGAUAACUAAUCCGUGGGAUUUGGGGUUGGGUUGAACCAAUCAGGCAGGCGGCCUCUCCCAGGAAGGGAAGGCGUAAGGCUCAAGUCACCCCAAAGUGAGGGCUGAGCUGGCCAGAUUCCCUCCACACAUGGAAUGAAACCCUAGGCUGGGCUCCAACUGCACCUCCGUGAAGGAGCAGGAACUUCAGCAUAAGGUAGCUGUGUUCCUUUGAGUAGGAUUUCCAGGGUUGGGAGCAGAGAAUAAGGAGAUAGCAGCUACAGUUGUUGCCCCUGGUAAACCUCCAAUCUCAGUGGGCACAGACGUAGGCUAUCCCCAAUACAGAGCAACCCCCACGGAUCAAUAGUUCCCUAUUUGCUGGCAUCAAGGAGUUUGAUGGGCAUUGUUUCCUGAAGCCAGCCAGUCAAAUAGUGCGUUGCUGCCAUCUAGUGACACUAGAGGAGAUUGCAAUUGAUUAAAGAGAUUAAAGAGAAAUUGA